AACGGGAAAAUUUCUCUCAGAUCUCCAUCCCCGAAACCGCUCUGUCUCACCAUGAAGCCAGAAUGAAGGCUGGGUGCCAAUCCCCCCACCUCGCUCGCCGUGCGCCCUCCCCCUCCUGCCCUCACCGUGUAAUACAAACCUCGUGAUCACCCAUUCGUCGGUGGCUGCGUCUGCUCCUUUUGGGGGAGAAAUAAUAGGCCGACUACCCGAGGGGAAGGAACACCAAAGUAUCCGGGAAACAGAGUGGUGUCGCGGAAGUUUACACUUGCAGAAGCGCAUCCCUCCGCAUCCUUUUGUAGCUUAUUAUUUGGGAUAGCGUGGAAGAGACUUCAGCUGGCAGUCAUCCGGGACCUACUGAUUCUGUGGUUUUCCUGGCCUCGGCUCCCAGAGCAGCAGUGACUGUGCCUCUUAUUCUCAUCCCCUUUUGGACCAGCAGCAGCUCAGUGUGGCAAGGCCAAGAGCAAUGGGCCGUAAGCUGGACCUGUCAGGCCUGACGUACGACGAGGCACAGCAUGUCUUGAAAGUGGUCCAGCGGGAUAUGAAGCUGCGAAAGAAGGAAGAAGAAAGACUGAGUGAGAUGAAGCAGGAGCUGGCAGAGGAAGGCAGCAGAUGCUCCAUCCUCUCGAAGCAGCAUCGUUUCAAUGAGCACUGCUGCAUCCGCUGCUGCGCGCCCUUUACCUUCCUGCUCAACCCCAAGCGCCAGUGCCUGGACUGCCAGUACAACGUCUGCAAGACCUGCUGCACCUACAGCGAGAGGGACAAAGCCUGGCUCUGCUCUGCUUGCCAAAAGGGAAGUGGUAAAGCCAAGAAGGGAGAAGAUACGGGGCCAUUAAAGGAGACCGUAAUGACAAAGAGGGGCAGAGAAGGAGAGAAAAUUGAGGGGAAAUGUGGAGAAUUGGUAAUAUCUACAGUGCUGGAAAGAGACAAGAGACAGCAGAGCCGGGAAGAUGAAUAAUCAAGCAUCACUUGGAUUUUUUUCAAGCAUUUCGAUUUUUGAUGUACACUUCCAGUUUCUUGUGGGAAAUAUUUUCCAUAUUUUAAAAUUUUUUUUUACUUCCUUUUGUUUGUUCUGAGUCCCCGACCACAUGCCUGUUCACAAACUAGAUAUCAUGGCUUUAGAGAAAAAAAACAAUGACAACAUGCACUGAUGAUGUAUAGAUCAAGAGAAACCAGUCUUGUAAGAGGCAAGGGAAUUCCCCUACAGCUGGCUGUAUUUGCAAAUAAGGUGUGUAUGUGCAUGUCUGUUAAGGCUGUUUAUGCGUAUAGGGAGUUGUCCUGGUGCCCCGACUCACCAUUGGAUGAAUAUUAAGCGCUCCCUGUCUGGACAGCAAGGGUGGGGUGUUGAUACUGAUGUGUGUAAGUCAGUCACAGUGGUUGGAUUCAUCUCAUAAUCAAUUGGGAUUUUAGGAUAUUAGAUAUGUGAAUAUGCGUUAUGUGUAUUGUUAAGGGGCUACAUGUGGCAUUGUCACUGAUUACAGCGAUCAUUUUUUUCCCCUCACUGGAGCUUCUACUUUUAAUUGCUAAUGUCUCCAAUAUCACAAGAAAGACAGCUAAAAUGCAGGUGUAAUGUGGCACAUUGUGGAUUUUCUGUCUUGGGGGUGGAAGUGGAGGUUGACAGGAUGGCGGAGCACACACCAGAGCUGUCCAAAAAAAUGUGUCGCUCCUUUACUUAGCAUUAUUUCUUCCCUCCAAUGCCCCUGCUUCAUCUUAGUCUGUCUUUCACUGAUUUUUGCUGCACAGUGUACUGAGUUAGACCUGCUGCCUAGUCCUCAAUCCUGGUGUAAGAGAAGGGAGGGAGCAGGAGAGACCGUAGAGAAGAGAUGAAGGAGGAGGAAAAGGAAUGAUGGCAUUCACAGGAGGUGACCAGCUUUCCAUCGGUCAUCUCUCCCCUUACGCUCUUUGUCUAUCUUUCUCUCUGUUUCUGCCUGGGGCUCGGUAAUGUUCUCAAUAGAGGUUCAGACUGAGUCGCAGAUGGGCCUGAUGUCACAACAUUGCCAUCUACCAGCUACAUAUAAAUACAGCACUUUUCAUUAGCGCAUUAAACAUGCUUAAAUCUGGUUUUAACAUGAAUUGCUGUCUCUCUGGGUGGAGUCGUAUCCUUUGGAGCACUGAUUUACAGCUUGCAUAAGUGUUGAACUUGAGGCUAGAUAUUAUUUUGCAAAACGGCUAUAUGUCUAGUAUUGGAGUGAAUGAUUGUAAAGCAAAGGCACUGAUUUGGUGCUGAAGAAACUGAUGCAAAAAAGACCACACCGAGGAAGGAUGCUCUCUUUAAGAAGAGGAUCUGUCUGAACACAAUGCCAGUUAAGUAAUUUGUAUUUUUUUUCUUGUCAUUGUUUUUUUUUGUUGUUGUUUAUCAUGUUUUUAAGUCCAGAGAUAAUUCUGCUCAGUCUAAUUGUAGAAUCAGUUUAUCAGUGAACAGGCCACCAAAUGGUCUCACUCACAUGCACCGGCUGUCCAUCAACAUUCAUAAAGGCAUGGCCACUCUGCUCAGAAGUGUGAUCCAUCGAGGGAAAGCAGAUUUGUAAUCAUCGCGCACAUGGGCAUGCUCAGAGUCUAAAGCCACCCACACACACAUGGUUGCACAUAAUAAUGCACACGUGUGUACAUCCAGGCAGAUACAUGCCUGCAGGCAAACAGACGUGAGCACAGCUGAGAGCAGAGUGCAAAUGGCAUGAUCCCUCUUAACUGCAGCUGCAGUUAAAAAGGAUCGUGGCAUUGGCUGAAUUAUUUGUUAAUGAACAUGACCGCUGCUUGUUGAUAACAGAUGGUUUAAGAGGAGAAAAGACUCUGAUUCAGCUGAUUUGUUAUAACACCUUUCUGGUGCUGUAACACACGAUCAUACACGUUCAUCUAACACGGCUUCACCUCCUAAGCAUAACCAUUAGCAGUCUGGUGGGAUUAACAGCACACACACUCACUCUACACAUAACCACACAUAUUGUGUCUCUCUCACACACACACACAC